AUGUUGAAAUUAAUCGCUAUAAUGUCUCUGCGAUUAUCAAACCUGACAAUCAAAGGAUUAAUAAGAGAUGAUUCGACUGACAGUUCCAUCGAUUCUGGCCAUUAUGACUGCAUCAGUGCUAUGGACGACACGCCACGUCUUGAACACUAUCUCAAGACAUUUGAUUUCAAUCACGUCGAGAGACCCAGUGUUCAGCAGUUGCAUCAAAAUCCCAACAUUUACUCAAUAAUUGAUUCAAUUAAUAUAGAAAUCAGUCCUAAAGUUGAAAAAACUGAAAGCUUUGUUGAAGUGGACGAGAAAGACAAAUAUGGAUACUUUACAAUGGUUUACAUACCGCAAUUUAUGAAUCUCUUGGGAACCGCUUUUUUCAUUCAGUCCAGUAUUAUGGCCGCCCAAUCGGGUCUUAUCCUGUCUUUGAUUAUGAUCAUUGUUGGAUCAGCUAUACUUUGCGGUACCGUUCUGUCCAUAUCAACGCUGGUGACCAACGGUCACGUGGGUUUAGGCGGCCCAGAAAUCGGUACCGUCUUUGGGAUCGUAUACUUUCUAACGAACGCUAUUAUGGUUGCGUUGAGUAUAAGCGGGAAUUCAAUUGUUAUCGACAAUAUUUUACAGAAUCUGGACAUGCAAAUAGUGCCAAACGCCUCGAGUUUAAAUAAUCAACGAGUGAUCGGCGUAUUAACACUUAUAAUCGUCGCAACCAUACCAUUCAUUAGUCUGGAUUUUGAAGCUAAAACGCAAUGGUUUCUGUUUGUAAUUGUAAUGAUUUCAAUGUUGGACUUUAUUGUCGGUGCUUUUCUGCCGUCAACUCCUUAUCAAAUGGUGAACGGAGUCGUCGGUUGGAAUGACACGUGUUUUAAGACCAAUCUAUUGCCGCAAUGGAGUGGACAGACAUUCUUCUCCGUAUUCUCAGUCUAUUUGUCCGGACUUUGCGGUGACUUUACGGGAGUCACUCUCGCAUCGAGUCUCAGAAAUCUUGCGAUACCCAAAGGAUCACUAUUGGGAAUAUUGACCACACAAUCGGUUUAUGUCAUACAAAUGAUUUGGUUUACGUCGGGAACUAAUCGAUACGCCACCGGAAAUAUAGCCGAUUAUCAAUAUAAUAACUAUACGUGUACUUUGCAACAGAACUGCUCCAGUGGUUCCAGUAAUAAUCCAUACACUAUGCAAGUGAUGUCAUCGCUCACCCAAAUAGGCGACAGAACCCAUUAUAUUGAGCCCCUAUACUCGGCCGGACUCUUAUCUCAAUCACUAUCCUCUGCGAUGAUUGCCUUCAUAAGUGCGCCCAGAAUUUUGCAGCCGUACGGAAAACACGCGGACCCCCGACGGGGAUAUAUUCUCACAUUCUUUGUGUCCCUCAUUUUUGUGGCCAUUUCUAAGUUUAACAUUUUGGCCACAAUUACCUCCAUAUGCUAUCUGUGUUCGUGGGCUUUGGUUAAUAUCGCGUGUUUUCAUUGCGAUUACGUUAAGGGCUCUAAUUGGAGGCCUUUAUUCAGAUAUUACAACAAAUGGUUUAGUCUUGCGAUCGAUGUCAAUUGGGGACAAACACCGGAAUCUCAGUUAUAUAAGACAACCGUUGCUUUUGCUCACAAAUUGAACACCACUUCAGAACACGCAAAGACUUUUAAGCCAUCGAUUCUACUUUUAUCGGGACUUCCCAUCAAUAAUGAAGACUUAAUAUCAAUGGCUGAUCAGAUCACUCGACACAGAGGGCUGCUGUUUGUCGGAGACAUCGUAUCCAAUGACAUCGCCUAUGAAUAUAAACUCAAAACCGCUAACGUGUGGAACAAAUGGUUUAGGGAUAACGAUAUUAAGUGUUUCUAUAAACUAAUAACAGCCAAAACUAUAGGCGACGGAUCUAACAUGUUGAUCCAGUGUUGUGGUUUUGGCAAUAACUUGAGUCCCAAUAUAGUUAUGCUUGGAUUCCGGGAUUCUUGGAAACAGUCGACGAGUGAUGAAAUUACCGAUUAUUUCAAUAUAUUUCAUGAUGUGUUUGAGACACAAAAGUCACUUAUUAUUUACCGAAACCACAAAAUAAGCAAACAUUACAAUAAGAAAGAGAAGAGCAAACAAAAUAGGAGACAAUUGCGGCCAAUGUUGUCGAGUAUAAUGGAUGUGACAAAUCAUGAGGGUAUUCAAGAUGUCAAACUUGUGAGAGAGGUAUCCAAGUUGUCAUUCAUCGACAUAUACUGGCUCUACGACGACGGAGGGCUCACUCUUCUCAUCCCUUAUAUACUAUCGGAGAGGAAAAAGUGGCGAAAAUGCAAAUUAAGAAUAUUUGUUAUCAUUGAUAUUGUCAGAUCCAUCUUGUUUUGUUAUCUUGCAAUCGAUGUCAAUUGGGGACAAACGCCGGAAUCUCAGUUAUAUAAGACAACCGUUGCUUUCGCUCAUAAAUUGAACACCACUUCAGAACACGCGAAGACUUUUAAGCCAUCGAUUCUACUUUUAUCGGGACUUCCCAUCAAUAAUGAAGACUUAAUAUCAAUGGCUGAUCAGAUCACUCGACACAGAGGGCUGUUGUUUGUCGGAGACAUCGUAUCCAAUGACAUCGCCUAUGAAUAUAAACUCAAAACUGCUAACGUGUGGAACAAAUGGUUUAGGGAUAACGAUAUUAAGUGUUUCUAUAAACUAAUAACUGCCAAAACAAUAGGCGACGGCUCUAACAUGUUGAUUCAGUGUUGUGGUUUUGGCAAUAACUUGAGUCCCAAUAUAGUUAUGCUUGGAUUCCGGGAUUCUUGGAAACAGUUGACGAGUAAUGAAAUUACCGAUUAUUUCAAUAUAUUUCAUGAUGUGUUUGAGACACAAAAGUCACUCAUUAUUUACCGAAACCACAAAAUAAGCAAACAUUACAAUAAGAAAGAGAAGAGCAAACAAAGUAGGAGACAAUUGCGGCCAAUGUUGUCGAGUAUAAUGGAUGUGACAAAUCAUGAGGGUAUUCAAGAUGUCAAACUUGUGAGAGAGGUAUCAAAGUUGUCAUUCAUCGACAUAUACUGGCUCUACGACGACGGAGGGCUCACUCUUCUCAUCCCUUAUAUACUAUCGGAGAGGAAAAAGUGGCGAAAAUGCAAAUUAAGAAUAUUU